UCAUCGUUUUCCAAGGGUGUUUUGGUAAUUCUAAUACUUGGGGGGUUUAUGAGGAGUUUUUGAUGUUUUCUCUUCUCAGGGGCGGAAGUUGGAAUAUGUGGGAGGGGUUUGUAUUAAAAUCGGCAAUUUCAAGGAUUUUGGAGUGUUUUUGGUAAAAAGAAAAGGUGGGUUUUUGGGCAAACAGGUGGCUUGUUGGGGUAGAAGUUCGCAGGGGUUGACCUGAAUCUGGUUUUCUAUUGGGGGUGGUUUUUUGAGGGUUUUGGAAGUGGAUUUUGUUCCUUUAUUGGGUGGUUUUGGGAGAGUUGUUUCAUGGCUUUGUUCUUACCCUUGGAUUUUGAAGUUGCAUUUUUUGGGUGGUUUAGAAGUGGGUUUUUGAAAGCUGCAGUUUUGGGAUUGGAUUUAGUGUUGGGUAGGGGUGUAUUGGGCUGAGAUUGGUGGUUUUGAAGAGCAUUUGGGUGGUUUUUCUGGUUUUUUGGUGGUUUUAUAGUUGGAAUCUGUAGAUUUUGCGUUGAAUUGGGUAUUCGGUAAGGUGGUGUUUGGAAGAAGUAUUUGGGUGUUUUAAAGUUUUGGUGGUUUUGGGGCUGAAAUUUGUAGCUUUUGUCUUGAAUUUGGUAUUGGGUAAGGGUGUUUUGGGCUGAGAUUGGCAGUCUUUUGGGUGGUUUUGGGGAGAAGCGUUUGGGUGGUUUUCUGGUUUUUUAGAAGUGGGCUUUGAGUUUUAGGGUGGUUUUAAGACUGAAAAUUGUAGUUUUUCCCCUCGAAAUUGGUGUUGGGUUUGUGCAGUUUGGAUUAGAUUGACAUUUUUUGAGAACGGAUUUACAGGGCAUGCUCUUUGCUACAAGUUAGAGUGAGAUAAUGUCUUUUUAAAGAUGGGUUUAGGGGUGAAUUUGUUGGUGAUUUUAAAUUUUUUUGUUUGUUCUUGGGAUUGAAUUGGGGUUGGAAUUUCAGGACUUCAGGGGCUCUUAUGGCCUGAGGUCAGUUCUUUUUGUAGAAUUUAUAGGCCUUAAACAUCCAUUGUAUUUGCUGGAUUUUGUUGAAAUGGCUUGCAUGAAGUUGGGAUCGAAAGCUGAUGCAUUCCGACGACAGGGGCAGGCCUGGUUCUGUACAACUGGCCUACCUAGCGAUGUUAUUGUCGAAGUUGGAGAGAUGUCCUUUCAUCUUCACAAGUUCCCAUUGAUGUCUAGGAGUGGCGUUCUCGAAAGACUGAUUGGAGAGGCAUCCGACAAUGGAGAAGAGGACUCCAUUAUACGGCUUCCAGACAUUCCCGGGGGUGUAAAAGCAUUCGAACUAGUUGCCAAGUUCUGCUAUGGCGUGAAACUAGAACUCACCUGUGCCAAUGUUGUUCAUCUACGAUGUGCUUCCGAGUAUCUUGAGAUGACGGAAGAAUAUGGAGAGGGUAAUUUGAUUUCCCAGACCGAGCUCUUUCUAAACCAGGUUAUUCUCCGCAGCUGGAAAGAUUCGAUCAAGGCCCUUCAAACGUGCGAGGAUGUUCUCCCCCACGCCGAAGAUCUUCACAUUGUGAAAAGAUGCAUCGAGUCCUUGGCCACGAGAGCAUGCACAGACCCAAACCUAUUUGGUUGGCCCAUGAUGGAGCGGGGUCCAAUGCAAAGCCCAGGCGGGAGCGUGUUAUGGAACGGGAUAAGCACGGGGGCUCGCUUGAGAAAUGCUAGAUCCGAUUGGUGGUACGAAGAUGUUUCCUCUUUGAGCUUCCCCCUUUAUAAGAGGCUGAUCUCGGCCAUGGAAUCGCGCCGCAUCAAACAGGAGACCAUUGCAGGUUCGCUUGCUUUCUAUGCGAAACAGUAUCUCCCGGGCCUCAAUCGACGUCAUAGCCUCGGCGAAUCUAGCAUCCGCCUAGCAGCCGCCCCAUCUGAAGAAGAGCAGAAGCAUCUGAUUGAAGAAAUUGAUAGCAUGCUGCCCGUGCAAAAGGGUGUGGCGUCGACUAAGUUCCUUGUUGGGCUACUUCGUACGGCCAUGAUUCUGCAUGUGGGGCCGUCAUGCGUGUCGAACUUGGAGAAGAGGAUUGGAAUGCAGCUCGACCAGGCUACCUUGGAAGAUCUCUUGAUGCCCAACUUCUCUUACUCGAUAGAAACACUAUACAAUGUUGACUGUGUUCAGCGGAUCCUCGAGCAUUUCCUAGCCAUCGAUCAGUCAACUGGAGGGGCAUCUCCAUGUUCAGUUGAAGAUGGGCAGUUGAUGGGUUCUCCUUCUCUUACGCCCAUAACGAUGGUCGCCAAGCUCAUUGAUGGGUACCUAGCGGAGGUUGCACCAGACGUUAAUUUGAAGCCGAUGAAGUUUCAGGCUCUGGCUGCAGCUGUCCCAGAUUAUGCGAGGCCGUUGGAUGAUGGGCUUUAUCGUGCAAUUGACAUAUACUUGAAGGCCCACCCAUGGCUGACGGACCCUGAGAGGGAACGGCUUUGCAGGCUGAUGGACUGCCAGAAGCUCUCCUUGGAAGCCUGCACCCAUGCUGCUCAGAACGAUAGGCUCCCACUCAGAAUCAUUGUCCAAGUCCUGUUCUUUGAACAGCUCCAACUACGGACGUCGAUCGCAGGGUGCUUCCUGGUCUCCGAUAACCUUGAUGGUGGGUCGCGCCCAUUGAGGGGCGGCCUCACAGGGGGACCUGGCGAAGGUGGCGGGUGGGCCAUGGCCGUAAGAGAGAACCAGGCGUUGAAGGUGGGAAUGGACCACAUGAGGAUACGGGUGUCAGAGCUUGAGAAGGAGUGCAUGAGCAUGCGGCAGGAGAUUGAGAAGUUGGGCAAGGGUAGGAGCAUGUGGGCCAGCGGGCCAAAGUUCGGGCUCAAGCAGAUGUGUAGCGCACAGGCAGGGUCCGUUAGUGAUCAGGGUGCCAAAAAUGGCAAGGUUGAGAAGGUGAAGGACAGGCAUCAAGGGAAGCAAAAGAAGAAGAAGUUAUCUCCAGAUGGGUAAACCUUUGAUUUUUAAUUAUUUUUUUUUGCUGAUUGAUUGAUUCACGAGUCUUGUUAAUUCCACAUGUACCUUUGCAUUUGCAUGAUCCAAGCUGAUCAUUAGGUGGGCCGCAUUGGUUAGCUGACCUGCAACAAGAAUCAGGUCGUCUAACAAGUGGGCAUUGAAUGUGGACAGUUUGCUGAUUUCAUAACCAUCCAUUUUCUUGCACAUAUGUGGCCCGUCUAAUGAGUGGAAUGGCCCCUUUUUUUGGGCUAGUGCAUCUGGACAAUGGGGUGCCACUUGAUGAACGGCUGGGAUCGUGUGGAGGUGCGUGUGGAACGAGCAAAACUCUUGAUUACAUUCCAGACUCAAAACUGUGAAUGUCAUGUGCUAUUGUGGGAUGUUCGUGUAACUUAUGCUGCUUUGUAACAGUAAUGAAAGAUUCAAAAGAUCCUAGCUCUCCAAUCCUUAGCUCCUAUCCUUUCCGUUUCUUCUAUUUUCUUUCCUUCUGAAAAUAAAAAUAAAAAUUCUUC